AACCCUAGUUUGCCCAUUUCACACUGCAGUUGUGUUUUUGUAACUUAAUUAAUUAAAUUGUUUAUGUGAUGUCAAGUGCAUGUGAACGCAGCAACUGCAAUAAUCAAUGUGAAACAUGCGAAUCUGCAUGGUGUCGGACUUUUUCUAUCCCAGCAUUGGAGGCGUCGAGGAACAUGUCUACAAUUUGUCACAAAUGUUGUUGGCGCUGGGACACAAGGUUGUUGUGCUGACGCACGCCUAUGGAGAGUGCAGUGGCAUUCGGUAUGUGACCCACGGCCUUAAGGUCUACUAUCUGCCCAUUAAGGUGUGCUACAAUCAAUGCAUCCUUCCCACGGCGGUCUGUAAUGUGCCCAUGUUGCGGGCGGUGCUCCUGAGGGAGCAGGUUGACGUCGUCCAUGGCCACUCUGCGUUUAGCGCCUUGGCCCAUGAGGCUUUAAUGGUCGGCUCCUUGCUGGGAUUAAAGACGGUCUUUACGGAUCACAGCCUGUUUGGCUUUGCGGAUCUGUCUGCUGCGCUGACCAACAAGCUGCUGGAGAUUAACCUGAGCAUGGUCAAUCACGCUAUCUGUGUAUCCCACAUCGGCAAGGAGAACACGGUGCUGCGAGCUAGGGUUGCCAAGCAUCGCGUCUCGGUCAUACCCAACGCUGUAGACACGGCUCUCUUUACUCCCGAUCCCAGUCAACGGCCCGACAAUGGAGUCAUCAAUAUUGUGGUCGCCUCGCGACUUGUCUACCGCAAAGGCAUUGAUCUCCUGGCUGGGGUGAUUCCACGUUUUAAGAACACGCCCAACAUUAACUUUAUUAUUGUCGGAGAUGGACCCAAGCGUGAUUUGCUUGAGGAAAUAAGGGAAAAGACCAAUAUGCAGGACCGAGUGGAGAUUCUGGGCGCCGUAGAGCAUGCCCAGGUGCGAGAAGUACUCGUGCGUGGCCAUAUCUUCGUGAACACCUCGCUGACCGAAGCGUAUUGUAUGGCCAUUGUGGAGGCGGCCUCCUGCGGACUCCAGGUGGUCUCCACCAGCGUGGGCGGCAUUCCCGAAGUACUGCCCAAUAGUCUAAUCCUGUUGACGGAGCCAGAUAUUGAAGCUAUUUAUUCUGCCAUAUUGGUGGCUAUCGAUAGACAUCGUAACAUUCCCUCAACAACGCCAGCUUCCAACGGACACAUUCCUCAAAAGACUGAGAACAAUUCCCGCGCGAAGCGUAAACGACGCAAAAAAAAUGCAAACGAUGUGCCUUCUUCUUCCUCUCCAUGCACUGCUCCUGCUGCUAAUGCCGCUGCUGCAGUUACUGAUAAUAGUAGCAUCAAGGUGGAGCCGGUUCUGUGUCCGCACAGGUGCAACGAGCUUGUGGAGACGCUCUACAACUGGGAAGACGUUGCCCAGCGGACAGUCAAAGUCUAUGAGCGAGUGAUGAAGGAGCGAGCAUUCACCCUGAGCGAGCUAAUCUAUGCGGUGUAUCAAUGCGGUGCCUGGUUCCUGGCCUUUCUCGUCGUGGGACACUUUCUGCUCCGGCUGCUCGAGUGUUGGCGACCUCGCAGUCGCAUUGAGAUCGCCUAUGAACCACGGCCGAAGAAUAGCUCAUGAAAUGUAAACUUCCUUGCUAAAAGUCACUGCCAUAGAUCGACAAUUUUGUCAAUUAGUCAAAUAUACUGGGGAUUUCUCGUUUUAUAUACAUUU